AUGUCUGGCCCCCUCUUCGGCAUCGUCCCAGCCGGCCAACCGUUGCUGACCGAACCAACCUCAACGCCCUCCGACACGUCAUUUCUCUACUCCAUCUCUGUCGCCCGCCCCUUCUCCCACAUCACCGUCAUGCUUCUGCCGGGCAUUAUGCUGCCGGCGGACACCGCCGCCGCCAUCUACUUCGCCACGGCUUCCGAUGUCGCCGCCGCCGCCGCAUCGGGUCAGACGCCGAAUUUCAGAUUCCUCGGAGGCAUCGGAACCGGCAAAGAGAGCGCUACCUUCAAAAUUGGCGCCGGCAACGGGGACGCGCAGAACCCUGGCAACGUCAUGAUCGGUAUUUCGGUCGAACCAGCCGACUCGGUGGCUUCACGCAUCCAGGAGCUUUCGGCCAACAAGUCAGCUAAUCCAUCGACAACAUCCCAGCCCUCAACCCAGCUCCUGGCCCAAAACAUAAUCAAGAACGCCUUCAACUUUCUUGCGAGCUUCAGUGGCACUGCGGGCCCCGGCGGCGUCGAAGUAGUACCACUAAAAGCUUUCGAAGAGUGGUGGAAGAAGUUUGAGUCGCGCGUGAGGUCUGAUCCGAGUUUCCUCGAGAGACCACAAGACUGA